UUACCGUUAUUACUGACACAAGUACAUACGUAUCGACACUCACGCAUUCUAACGUUCGCCAUCACUUGUUUUCUACAAUAAUGUCCGAAUUAUUAUUAUUGAAUGCAAUUAUCAUUGAAAUAAUAAUAAAAUAAAGCAAAUAAUCCGUCUAGAGUAAUUUUUCUCAGAUUGGCUUUUGAGGUUAUUAUUAUCAUAAACAUUGAUAAAGUGACUUAGUAGAGUGAUAAAAAACAAUCGUUAUAAUAAUAAUAAUCACAAUGAGAUACCGCGGGCCAGUGUGGACUAAAACAGAAACAGAAGCGUUGCUAAAUAUUAUUAUAAAAAACAAUCUGUUGGAAAAGUCAAGCACGAGUGGCCAGCUGAGUCACGCACUGGUAAAACCGCUGCUGAGCAAAGGAUUCGAGCGGACCGCGGUCCAGAUAAGGCUGAAACUCCGCUCGCUGCGUCUGAGCUACCAGAAAUGCAAGAAAAAAAAUUGCACGCCGCGCGCUAUGAAGGAGUGUCCUUACUACAGUUUGCUGGACAAAAUUUACGCGGGCGAGGACACGAUGUUCGUCAAGCAAGAACCACACCACGUGGAGCCAUUCGAGGAGCCGCUCAGUAUAAAUGCAGUUACAAACAACACAAACAUUUGGAUCGACCAGGAGAUCCAAACAAUGCUCACGAUAAUCGAUGAUAUGUGUCUCUCCAACGACCUGUCCUUGAAGGGGUUUUCAAACUCCGCGCUCAAGCUGAUAAGCAACGCGCUGGAGGUCUCGGGGAUCAAAAGGUCGGCCAACCAGGUCAAAGUAGCUCUGACGAAUCUCAAGAAGGCCUACAUAAAGAGCCGCGAGUCUCUGGAAGCGGGCAGCAUCGAGGCUCUGACCUGUCCCUUUUAUGAGUACCUGGAGAAAUUCUGGGGCGGAGAGAAGCUCAACCGGGAGAAUACCAAAAAAUGCGAGGUCGAAAGACUGCCUUCGAUUGACGACGCGAUUAAUGAUGUAAUUGUUGGGAAGGAAGUUCACAUUCGUCAUCACGGCUCUAAUGUUAUUGAUUUAAAAAAUGGGCUGGAGCACGAGGAGAAUAAUUUUGCUCUGGAUGAUAACAAUUUUAAUUUGGACGGGAAUAAUUACAGCUUGAAUGAUGAUAAUAAUUACACGCUUGAUCAUAGCAAUUAUAAUGUUGAUAAUAAUUAUUUGUUGAGUGAUAAUAAUUACCCUGUUGAGAGCAUUGAAAGUAUUGAUGAGGAGGAGGAGGAGGAGGAGGAGGAGGAGGUUGAAGAUGAGGAGUACUUGACUGCUGAUGGAAGUUCUGCGAUUGUUGUUGACCUCUGCGAAGAUGAAACUAAUCAGGAUAAUGUUUAUAUUAAUGGAAUUGAGGAGCAUAUUAAUGGCAAUGAUAAAAUGAGCAAUGGGGAUGAUAGAGUCGAUGAUACUCUUGAGGUUUUAGAAGAUGAAUCUGUUUAUAAUAAUAAUAAUAAUAAUAAUAAUAAAAAUCAUCAUACUGAUGAUGUUAGUGAUAAUAGCAGUAAUUAUACUAAUAAUAGGCAUAGUAAUGUUAAUAAUAGAAGUAAGAACAAUCAUGUACAAACGCCGGUAACUAUGAAGAGAAUAGUCCUUUGGACGGAGGACGAAAUAGUCACCAUGUACGAUUCAAUUUUUGAAUUGAAAUUGAGAACACCCUUGAAGACUAAAGUCUCGCUGAGCAACGCUAGUAAAUUAAUUGAGCCACUGGCUAGAGCUGGGUACACCAGAUCGACGCAGCAGAUUAUCAGCAAAAUAAAAAACAUGAGAACUGCUUACUUGAGAUGCAUUGCUCAAGGCUGCACGCCCGAAGCGAUCAGGGAGUGUCCGUACUUUGAGUACCUUGAUAGGCUGUAUGAGCAGCAUAAAAAGUAUCCGGAUGAUGAUGAUGAUACCUUGGCGCCGCUAGAGCCUGUUUCCAGAAGGAUUGACAGUGAUGAUGUAAAUGGAUUUAUCAAUGAUAAAGAGUCUGAGUCUGGGGAUCAUAGUUACAAUUCAGCGCAUAUUAAUAAUGAUCAUGAUAAUGAUGCUGACAGGAAGUUCAAGAAACCUGGGCAGGAUGUUCUUUGGUCGCCGGUUGAGUCUAUUGUUGAAAAUGAUGUUAAUAUGAGAAUAGACGAUCAAUUCGAGUCUUCAGCAAUUGAGCAGACUGACGAAGUCUUAGACCAGGAACACGACCAACAAGAGCAGCAAAAUUACCUGGACGACGGAAUAAUGGAGCAUGAAAACAUUGAAAUAAUGGACAACUGCGAGUUAAACUCGUCGAUAUUAACAGGGAUGGACUCUGAAGUAUCACUAGUGCAAUUUGUUAACAACAAGCUCGGAGAGAGCCGACCAACUGACGAUGUCCCGAAAAUUAUCUCCAAUAUUAAGAAAGAAACAAUUAAUUCCGACGAAGAAGUUGAAGCGACCAAUGAUGUGAGUAAUUCUUUAAAUCAUGAAAAAAUAGUUAACCCUGAUAUCAUUUUGGAGCACGAGUCCGGUAUGAAUGAUGGUAUUGUGUUAACCAAGGAUGAGACAGCUAAUAUGAUAGGGAGCUACAGCUCGAUGGAGUACAAACCGGUCCAGCAGAUGCGCAUCAAGACCGAGGUCGUACAGAACAACGAAACUCCCUCGCAAACGGAGCCCCAGGUCCGCGAAGGCUCGCUGACCGCUGCGUUCAUGCAGUCGGUGGUCCAGAAGAUUCUGAAGCACGAAGAGAAGCUCCAGGAGCAGCACCACAGGUGGAUGGAGCGACAAUUCGAGAUCCAAAGACAGCACGAUCGUAGCCAGCGGGAGUUGCUCUUAGCUGAGUUACGGGAAUUCCGGAAAACUAUUGCACACACUAAUUCUAAUAAUAAUUUCUUAUCUGAUCAUUAAUACACAAUUAAUAUAUUAUAUAUAUUUUUUUUUAUACAUAA